UAAAAAGCAAACAAGAUACGAAGCUUGGCAUCUCCGCCAUUGGCGAACCUUCAAGCUCUUCGAAGAGCUCCAUCUCGAGCUCCAAUGGCGAAGCAUUGCAUCCCCUUCGCAUGAGCAUCAUCUCCAAGCUCUGCAGCUGCUUCGCUCACACCCAUCGUCGCCUCGAGAGAAGCAAAGGAUGGAAGGUGCUGACCAGUGGAAAGAGAUCGAGCAUCGGAUGUUGCAAGUGAAUGGGAUCACGAUGCACAUCGCGGAGAAGGGGGAGGGGCAGGUGGUGCUUCUCAUCCAUGGCUUCCCUGAGCUCUGGUACACUUGGAGACACCAGAUCGUAGCCCUUGCCGCUCGUGGGUAUCGCGCCGUCGCCCCUGAUCUCCGUGGUUUCGGCGAUACUGAUGUCCCUCCUUCGGUCUCGUCCUAUACUAUUCUUCACAUCGUUGGAGACCUCGUCGCGCUCAUCGACGCCCUUGGCCAGGAUCAGGUGUUUGUGGUUGGGCAUGAUUGGGGGGCUUCGGUGGCUUGGAACCUGUGCUUGUUUCGGCCGGACAAGGUGAAGGCGCUUGUGAACACCAGCGUUCAGUUCUCGCCGAGGAAUCCAGCAAGGAAGCCAUUGGAGUCUAUGAGGUUCGGUUUUGGAGACGACUACUAUAUUUGCAGGUUUCAGGAACAUGGAGAAGCUGAAGCACAAUUUGCUCGCCUUGGUACUGCAUUGGUUCUAAAGAACUUCUUCGCGUAUUUCAGUCCCAAACCCCUUGUUUUCCCAAAGGAUCGAUGUUUUGAUGAUUCAAACAUCUCACUGCCUCCUUGGCUCUCGGAAGAAGACAUGAACUAUUUUUCCAGCAAAUUUGACAAAUCUGGCUUCACUGGAGGAUUAAACUAUUACCGAGCUAUAGACUUGAACUGGGAACUUACAGCUGCAUGGACUGGAUCCAAAAUCAAAGUUCCAGUGAAGUUUAUCAUCGGUGAUCUGGACCUGACUUACAACUACCCUGGAGUUCAAGACUACAUACACAAGGGUGGUUUCAAGAAGGAUGUUCCAUUUCUGGAUGAAGUGGUUGUCAUGAAAGACGUCGGACACUUUUUAAUCGAGGAAAAACCUGACGAAAUCACCGAUCACAUCUGCAACUUCAUCUCAAAGUUCUAAUCCAUAUGAAAGCUCAAUGUGUGUUAUGUAUUCUGUAAAACCCUAUUGUGUUUUCUUCUGUGAAUACUGUGGUUUGUUCUUCACUUAUAAUUGACUGACAGUGAUUGUGCAGUUUGGCCUUGUGUCAAGUGUGUAUUAUAACUGGUGGCAUUAUUCAACUAUGUCCUUGUUAUUCUUUAUGCUUGCAUAUAACUCCCUGUAAUCUUCAUUAUUGUGACAAAACUCUCAUAAUGAGUAGGGGUUUAUCUUUU